GGAGAGGCGGCCGGACGAUGCUCGAGUUCCAGAGCGCAGUCGACGACGUCGCCGCUGCCACGUAUGUCCCGGCGACCAUGGAAAUCGUCGCUCUUGGCUCGACGUGCGUGCUCCGGCACAAGGUUCGGCCAAGUGCCAAGGCCACGACGCCGCUCUGGCGCCACGGCGCCGACGUCGACGUUGGCGGAAGCCGGCUCCUAUGCAGCUCGAGCGAGUACAUACUUUUGCAGCUUGCCGGUGACACUACUCUCGCGCUCUACAACGUUGGCGCCGAAACCAUGGUCGUCGAGACGAUUCCGUCGUCGCUGCAGCAGCCCUUUCAUGUCGCUGCCAUCUCGCCCACCGGCGCGACCGUCGUCCUGCUCGCCUCGGACCGCAACGCUGCCGUGCGAUGGCGCCAUCUCGUUGGUCGCACCGUGUGGGAUGCCAUGGGCUGUAACCAUGCGCUCGCUGAUGAAUAG